AUUCUUUUUCCGAUCCCAUCGGCAACUCACUCAGGGUGCCACAGGGAAGUGUCUUAGGGCCGAUUUUGUUUAUUUUAUAUAUAAAUGAUCUGCGACGGGUUUUACGAUAUUGUGACAUUAAUUUGUUCGCGGAUGAUACUGUCCUGUUCAUCGCAGCUAAGAAUAUAAAAGAAACCGAGGAACACAUAAACGAAGAUUUGCAUUCUCUGGCUCAGUGGCUUAAAUUCAAACAAUUGAAAUUGAAUGUUGGCAAAACAAAAUACAUGCUAAUAUCUUCAGCAAACUCCAGUAUUGACGUAAAUUUUGAAAUAGAUAGUGAGACAUUAGAACGCGUGAAUGAAAUCAAAUACCUAGGAGUUAUCAUUGAUGACAAUUUAACAUUCAAGUCUCACAUUAAUAAUGUCAUCAAGAAGAUUGCCAAGAAGUACGGCGUUUUGUGUCGUUUGAAAAAAGAACUGACGGUGAACAGUAAAAUUAAAUUGUAUAAAUCAUUGAUCUCACCGCACAUAGACUUCUGCUCGUCGAUCCUAUUCCUUGCAAACAAUACACAAUUAACGAGAUUGCAGCGUUUACAAAAUAAAAUUAUGCGUUUGAUUUUAAGAUGUAGUAGAUACACUUCCUCUAAUUUGAUGUUGGACGCGCUAUAGUGGCUAUCUGUGAAGCAAAGAAUUUACUAUUUGACAAUGGUGUUCAUCUUUAAAAUUUUAAACGGUAUGCUGCCUCGAUAUUUGUGUGAUCGAAUUGAAAGAGGAAGUGAUGUUCAUAGAUACAAUACUAGAAACGCGGAUGAUGCAAGAACACCUAACUUUAUAUUCAGUAGGUCGCAGAACUCGUUGCUAUACAAAGGAAUACAUUUUUUCAAUUCGAUGCCCAGGGAAAUAAAACGAGCGGCAACAAUGGCAGAGUUUAAGCGAAUGUGUAUUUCCCACGUUAAAUCUGUUUUAUAAACAGGGUUUCGAAAUUUUUUUGUAAAUUAAUUUAUUUAUGUUUACUAAUUAUUGAAAUUAAAAAAAAAAAUUACAGGUAUCUCAAACUGCCAUGUUCGUACUGAUGAUGAUGAUGUUUUUUUAUUGUAUUGUAGAUUAUUUAAAAAAAAAAAAGAAAAACGAGCGUUGUCUACGAAAGUUUGAGCCUCGCGCGCGUUUGGUGGGCCUGGACUAAUGUUAAUAAUGAACACUGGCAGUAAACUGACACACAAUGAAAUUUUAUGUAGGGUCUGAAGUGGAAACUGGAAUUGGGAUAGCUCAUUCAGAAUUGUUGUAAACUAUCUUUCAUCAGAUGGUGGUAUCGAUUAUUUCUGAUUGUAGCAGAUCUCUUUUAUGUUCUAAGUUGAAUCUUUUGGAUAUUGGGUUCAAUUCCCAAUCAGUCAAGGAUCUUCCCGGGUUGGAAAUUUUCUUGACAUGCCUUGGAAAAAAAAACUUUGGGCCUGAAGUUGAGACUAUGACUAUGUCAAUGUCAAUAUGGAUAGGAACAUUGUUUGUUUUUUCGCAGUUUAUGCCUAUUUUUUUAAAUGUUCUAUUGAUAGAUAUUUAUGCCUGCAACAGAGCCAGUUCGCUUUGUUUUUGUUUUUAUAAUACUGGCUUCUUGAUAUGUUUGAAAAUAAAUAUUAUCUAUAAGAUAAAUCGUCCUGCUCAAACCUUUGUAGGGGUAUGAGUUGGGCCAUCAUCAUCAUCAUUCAAUCAUAUUUGAGCACAGCAGGCCAUGGUUCAUAACCCUUUUUGCUUGUCACUUUUCAACCUGGACAAUGAGCAUAAGCUUGCCGAACAGACUGCAUCGUAAAAUAUUGGAUCAUAUAUCGCUGAAGAACCGUCAACUCAGAAGCUUCUCGAGGUAUCUGCUGGACGCGGAUUUCAUUUAUUUCGCCGAAAUAGUUGAAGAAGCAGAACUCCACCUGGAAACGCUCAUCGAACACACUGAAGUGAAUUCAUCCAACAAGCUUCUUUUGCAACUUUUGGGAAGGAAACUGCGAAGUAUAUCUCGUGCCAAGGACUGUUGCAUACGCAAGCUUCAACACUUCGUAGAACUCCAGGAAAACUUCCAAGAUUCACAAUUCCAGACAGUAUUCUUCAAACGUCUAUCGAGAGCGGUGACAGCACUCCAAGGUUCGUACGUUUCGUUCGUCCGGGAAAUCGAGGAUUUGAUCCAGCAAAUUCCGGAGAUAUACGAAAUCGCUCAGUUACAAUCCCUUCUGGAGCAAACCAAUUUCCUCUACCUGAUUGUCGUCAAAAACCACGAAAACAUCCGAAACGUAGUGCAGCCUGACACACUGAAAUCAUAUUGCGCCUACAAAACCACUUCACUGGAACUUCACGCUCGAAUCAUUUUCAAAAAUUUGUUGAUCCAACAUUUGAGUUUCAUAGAGAGUAUGGAGCCCAUAAAUACUUCCCAUGAAUCUCUCCGGGACAAGCUAACGGAGGAGAUCACAAGAUCUCGCAAUGAAAUUGUGAUCCAGGAGGAAGAGCUGGCCGAGCUGCGCCAGGAACUCUUCCCGUCGGAGAUAAGCUUGAAGGAACAGCGAGAUGCCGUGAUCGAUCAGCUGGAAAUGAAGGAACUGAGUCUGGAGCAUCGCUUUCGGUCGAUCGAUCAGCUGCAAACGAACAUCCAUGGGCUGGAGGCACAGGUGGCCCAGCUGAUUCAAGAGCGAGAGCGGGUUCAUGACGAACUGAUGGCAAAGAGGGACGCCUUACGUGCAGGAAUACGGGAGAUUGUGCGGCUGGAGAAGUUGAUCGAACAGAUCGAGCGGGAGAUUUCGAACCGACUGUUUGAGUUCCAGGAAAAGCUAGAGGAACUGGAGCAGAAACGUUUGGCGAUUUUGGCGGAUGAGACACUGACGGAGGAGGAACGAGAGCGACUGCUUGCCGAACUCGAGCAGGAGAUCGGUCUUAUUCGGCAGAAGCAUGACGCCGAUCUGCAAUUGUUGAAGGACAAAUGCGAAGAAUUGAAGGCACUGUCCAUCAGCAUAACGGAGGAUUUGGAUACGUUCAGAGAUGAACUCAUGAGGAAGCAUCAGGAUGAGAUCAGAGAGCUGGAAGAAAUGAUGAAAAAUGCUACUCCAUCGGAAUUGGAGAUUAUCAAAGCAAAAAUUACGGCACUGAAGGAAGAGUUUGAUGAAAAUCUAGCUAUGCUGGAUAGAGCCAAAGCAAGACCAAAGUUUUACGAAGAUGAAUUUGGAAGAUAUUACAUCGAUGAAACCGGACGGAAGGUUUAUCAGAGGGAAUCGGGGGCUUCGGAAUAUAUUCUGACUGAGGAUGGGCAGUGGAAAAAGAUCAAAGAUGCUCUGGAAAUUCUAACCGAUGAAAAGGGUGAUUUUUACAUCGACAAUUUUGGGAGGAAGAUAUAUGUCAGGAAAUAUUUUGAAGACGAGUUCGGAAAAUAUUACCUCGACAGUAACGGAAAACGAAUUUAUUUGGAGCCUGAGCUGGAAGCUGAGGAACUUGAUGAAGAGGAAAUCGGCGAAGAAUCGAAGUCUUCAGAGGAAACCAUUUCGGAGAGUGUGACCGAAGCGUCCGAUGAAAUAUCAAUGAGUGCUUCCGAACUAAGGCUAGCCGAAAAAAUCAAGGAAAAGCGUGCUUCUGAUGUUAAAUAUGUACAAGACACAGUCGGAUUGCCACUGAGGAGUGGAUUGGCGCUCACCUAUCUGGCUCAACCGGAUGAUCCGAUUGAAUUUCUCGCUGAUUAUCUGGAGAAGUACGACAGGGAGCAAAAAGCUGAGGCGGCACGAGUCGAACUUCUUGCAGAUUUAAAACGAAAGAGGGAGGAAUCAAAGAUUGUUGCUGCUGAGGAUUCUGUAGAUGAUAUAUGUUAAUGCUAGCACUAUGUGGGUGUCAUUACUUUAGAAUCAAACAACCAGCAGGGCACACUAGAAUAUCGGAAUUGUUCAGUAUUACACCGCAUAACACCCUGAGAGACUUUGCUGUGAAUUACGCGUUUUUUGCAGUCUGCUCAUUGUCAUGUAAAUAAUAAAUAAUUCCCACUCCGACACCGAUUCGGGAGAAAGAACAACUGAAUAU